AUGGUCAAGAAGCGGGCUAACAACGGUCGCAACAAGAACGGCCGCGGCCACGUCAAGCCCGUGCGCUGCUCCAACUGCGCUCGCUGCACUCCCAAGGACAAGGCGAUCAAGAGAUUCACCAUCCGCAACAUGGUCGAGUCCGCUGCCAUCCGUGAUAUCUCCGACGCCUCCGUCUUCACCGACUACGCCGUCCCCAAGAUGUACCUCAAGCUGCAGUACUGCGUCUCCUGCGCCAUCCACGGCAAGAUCGUUCGUGUCCGUUCCCGGGAAGGUCGUCGCAACCGUGCCCCUCCUCCUCGCAUCCGGUACAACAAGGACGGCAAGAAGCUGAACCCCCCUCAGGCCGCCAAGGCUAUGUAA